AUGCCGCGAGCCGUGGCCGACGGUGGCGAGGGCCUCGACGCCGACAGCAUCGCCAGCCAGCGUAGCAUGGACAACGCCAACGGCGACGUCCACCAGCAGCACGGCUACAAGGUCGGCUCGCCGCCGAAGAAGAACCUCCUGACGGAGCUCGCCGGCGCGGUGAAGGAGACGUUCUUCUCCGACGAGCCGAUGCGGCGGUACAAGGACCAGCCGAGGUCCAGGAAGGCGUGGCUCGCCGUGCAGCACGUCUUCCCCGUGUUCGACUGGGGCAGCCACUACACCCUCGCCAAGUUCAAGGGCGACCUCAUUGCCGGCCUCACCCUUGCCAGCCUCGUCAUACCUCAGGACAUCGGCUACGCGAAGCUCGCUAACCUGCCACCGGAGAUUGGGUUGCACAGCAGCUUCGUGCCGCCAUUGGUGUACGCUCUGAUGGGCACCUCGAGGGAGCUGGCCAUGGGUCCGGUGGCCGUCAUCUCGCUGCUGCUCGGCACCCUCCUCCUGGAGGAGAUUGACCCGAAGAAGAACCCGCUGGAUUACAGACGGCUCGCGUUCACCGCGACCUUCUUCGCGGGGGUCACGCAGGCGGCGCUCGGAUUCUGCAGGCUAGGGUUCGUCGUGGAGUUCUUGUCCCAUGCCGCCAUCGUCGGAUUCAUGGCGGGCGCUGCCGUCACCAUUGGCCUUCAGCAGCUCAAAGGCUUCCUCGGCAUCGCCAAGUUUACCAAGAAAACCGACAUCGUCUCCGUCAUGAAAUCCGUAUGGGGAAAUGUUCACCAUGGGUGGAACUGGCAGACAAUAUUGAUCGGGGCAUCAUUUUUGGCAUUCCUUCUUGUUGCCAAGUACAUAGGGAAGAAAAAUAAGAAGUUAUUCUGGGUCCCAGCGAUCGCACCACUCAUUUCGGUGAUCAUAUCGACUUUAUUUGUCUACAUCACCCGUGCUGACAAACACGGUGUGGCAAUCGUAAAAAACGUAAAAAAAGGCAUCAAUCCACCUUCAGCUAAUCUGAUAUUCUUCACUGGCCCGUACUUGCUGAAAGGGUUCAAAAUUGGAGUAGUAGCUGGAAUGAUAAGCCUUACGGAAGCACUUGCAGUUGGAAGAACAUUUGCUGGAUUGAAUGAUUACCAGAUAGAUGGGAACAAAGAAAUGUUGGCUCUAGGAACCAUGAAUGUGGUCGGUUCGAUGACUUCUUGCUAUAUAGCCACAGGUGGUUUUGCACGAUCAGCAGUCAAUUGCAUGGCUGGCUGUAAAACUCCAAUGUCCAAUGUUGUAAUGUCAACUGUAGUAUUGCUUGCACUGCAGUGGAUCACUCCUCUGUUCAAAUACACGCCCAAUGCCACCAUUUCUUCUAUCAUCAUAUCCGCGGUGCUUGGUCUAUUUGACUAUGAGUCAGCCUACCUUAUCUGGAAGGUUGAUAAGUUGGACUUCAUGGCGUGCUUGGGGGCAUUUCUUGGAGUGAUAUUUUCAUCAGUGGAGUACGGCUUGCUCAUUGCGGUUGCAAUAUCACUGAUCAAAGUUCUUCUCCAUGUAACACGGCCAAGGACAGCUUUGCUUGGCAACCUUCCAAGAACGAUUAUCUAUAGAAAUGUUGAACAAUAUCCAGAAGCCACCAAAGUACCAGGGAUGCUAAUUGUAAGAGUGGACUCAGCAAUAUACUUCACAAACUCCAACUAUGUUAAAGAAAGAAUCCUGAGAUGGCUGAGAGAUGAGGAAGAACAUCAAAAGGAACAGAAAUUACCAAAAAUUGAGUUUCUGAUUGUUGACCUAUCUCCUGUAAAUGAUAUUGACACAAGUGGAAUCCAUGCCUUCAAAGAGCUGUUGAAGACACUUGAAAAACGCCACAUUCAGCUUAUAUUCGCCAAUCCUGGGGCCGCUGUGAUCCAGAAGCUCCGGUCAGCGAAAUUCAUGGAGCUCAUUGGUGAUGACAAGAUAUGCCUGACAGUUGGUGACGCCGUAAAGAAAUUUGCACCACAGUUGACUGAGAAUGUGUGAAUAAGGUGUAGCAAGUCAUAUUCAGGAGGUGCCAUUCUUUUACAAAUUCAGUGUUAGCAAGUGCAGUUUAAUAGUGCAAAGCAGCACUGGAGUAAUAACGUAGUUGGGAAAAAAGGGUAAAUAAAGAAGUGUGCUGGACCUGAAGCCACCAGAUUUGCCAGGUGUAGUUGGAAGGGAGCAAACAUGUGCAUAGCAGCCUAGUUGGGUAUGUAAAUCAGUAUGUGCAGCAGUGGUGGGCGUUGUCAAGCUUAUGGAAGAAUAUCUGAUACAUCAAAAGUGUGAUGAUUGAUAAUUUAAUGUAUCAUCGUGUAUGAUUAAAAUAAGUUUGUUGUUGAUUUGUGUUGAUUGAUAUCUGAUAGUAUUCCCAUGUUCACUGUAUUUGAUCAGGUCCUGUGAUGAGGUUUCACUGUGCCAACAUUCACAUGUGCCUUCUACAGUUUGUGGCAUUGAUACAUGUAUAAGAAAUUAUCUGCUGGGUUUUUCCUUAUAGAAUACUACUCCAUACCUGGCUAGAAGAGUCUCUCUCUUCUGUUCUUUGAUUUGGAAUCACCAC